CCUUCUGGCACCAUCUAGCAUCCAAACCACACACCACUCAAUGUGCAGUAGUAGACAGAGCCGGACUUCCCUUUCCCUCUCCUCCGUCGCUGCACCUCCUCUCACCUCCACCACCGUCCGCUGCUAUCGCGCACGAAGAAACACUUUCGGUUUGCAGACUCCGCGGUGAGCAGGCACCGGCCUGGGCUCUAUCCCUCCUCAACACCCCGAGUCUCUUACACUCUCCCCCCCAUUGUGAAGAACCUCACUUCUUUACCACCACACCCGUCGCCAACAUGUACGCUCCCCAAUAUCAAACACCGCCUCCAGGCUACGGCAUGGCCUACGACUACCACCACCGCGCAACGCCACCCAUGUCUCCUGGCCCUGGUGCCAACUACUACUCCCCUCGCCAUGGCCCCCAAGUCACGACGCCUCGCACCAGCCCCAAGGUCCAGGGCCACUCUCGACGCGCCUCCCAUGCCGUCCCGCCACAGUAUUCGGCCUACGCCGCACCUCGCGGAGGUGCCAUGCCUCAGUAUGGCGCGGACUUUACGUCUCCACGCACAUACGCGACGCCGCGAGGCACGCCCGAAUAUGUCCCCAUCUAUGAAUCAGAGCCCAAGUCCAGCCGCCCGCGCCGCUCCUCCCACUCGACUCGAUCCCAGCCAGCAGCCGCCACCCCCAAGAAGCCUGCCGCCACCAAGUCGUCUCCCAAGGCCACCGAAGAAGAUGCCGCCCGCGCCGGCAUUCCCGCUGGCUACUCGUACAAGAACUGGGACCCCACUGAAGAACCCAUCAUGCUCCUAGGAUCCGUCUUCGAUGCAAACUCACUCGGCAAGUGGAUCUACGACUGGACCGUCUUCUACUACGGCCCAGCUACCCCUCUCGCCGAGAUGGCGGGCGAGCUCUGGCUCCUCCUCAUCCAGCUCGCCGGCAAAGUCAAGAGGGCCGAAGAGACCAUGCCCAAGAUCCGCAAGAAGGAGAGCCACGAAAUGGUGGAAGACUUCCUCGAGAGCGGCGAGCGUCUGUGGAUCCGCUUCGCCAAGCUCCUCAAAGUCUGCGAGGACUACAUGUGGAAGGCCGCUAAGAAGGAGAGCGGCGAGAAGAAGCCCGUGUCCAUGGGCAAGAACAGCGGCCGCGAGUUUGUCGAAUCCAUCUUUGGCCGCGACCGAGAGCUCGAGAAGACGGAGAAGCUCAUGACCGGCAUGCGCCUCUGGUCUAUGCGCUUUGAUGCCAACUGUGAAGACAUCCUUCGCUAUCCCUCGGCCUAGCAUGUCAUCACGCUCGAUACCUGGACGCUUUGGCGCUGGCGUUUGUCUGGGUAUUACUUUUCAUUCCCGUCACUGCUUUUGCUCAUCGUCUGAUAUUUACUGCGAGAUACCCUUUCUUGCUGUUUGUAAUUGUUAAUCUGCUGCAUCUUUUCGCUCUGGACGAUCCAUCUCUGUAACAACAACUACUACUACUAGGUCGCGCGGAAGGGAACUGCAUUGGGCGGGUCACAGGAAAAGUCGGCUUUCACUAUGAUAUCCCCCCUUCCAUUUUCAGUCGUCUAUUGCUUACUGCUUUUCAUGCAUGGUGUUUCGGGCUGGCUGGAUAACCAGGCUUCAUACCACUUUGGUUUCUAUCUUUGGUUUCUAUCUUUUGGUUUUGGGUUGGCAACUAGAUUUGGUUUGCUUCUAAACAGUAUCUCUAUCGGGAUCGGGACCUCACGGUCAAAAUCAGUGUGCCUUAUACCACUCUUAGUAUCAUC